AAAACUAAUACACACAACAAAGGAAGAAAGGAAGAGCUAAAAAACAACCUAAAAAGGCGUCAAUCUAAACUCAUCUAGAGAGAAAGUUAGAGAGAGAAAUGAGGUAAGUAAUCUACUCAUGAAUCUGCUUCUCAUCUCCCUAAAAAGUUCUCUCUCCAUUAUACUUAUUGUAUUGAGACAAGAGAAUAUUAAACAAAAAUUAUAAUAAAAAAAAAAUAAAAGAUGACACAAAAAGUAGAAUAGAUCACUCUGCCCAGAAAGCAUUUUUCAGAAAUCCUUGCAACUGAAAGUACCCACCUUUACUAUUUUACAUCACCUCUGUUUUUCUCUCUCUCUCUCUCUCUCUUUCUCUCUCUAAAAUAAAAGGUGCAUUUACCAUACUCUUGAUUUUAAACUAAUUUGUCACACUUGGCUUUCUUUGUAAUAUAUAUGAAAAAGUUGGUUUUGUUUUUAUAUUUUUCGUUACAUUUGUUACCAUUUCCUCAUCCGGUUCUGGGAUACAUACCAUUGGUGGUUGAACGAAAAAGUGACUGUCUUAGCUUUUAUCGAUCUCUUAGAGAGAGAGAGUAGAUCCCACUCUUUUGAGGCUGCUGAGAAUUGAUUAAAUCAGGAGAGAAUUUUAAAGUUUAUUUUGGAUUUGUGGGUUGUUCAGAUUAGUGGGAAUGAAGUUGAUUCAGUACGUUAUAGCGGGUAUCUGAAAACCCAAUUUGAAGAUAGUUGUGCCAUUUGUUGGUUGCUUCGGAUUUUCCGGUCACCGGAACUCAAAGAUCCGGAGAAAGUUAACUUGGAAUUCAAUUCUAAUUCUGGGGUUUAUCAGAGAUUCAAAAGAGUUUCAAUUGUGAGCUGAAAAAAAAGGCUUUCCAGGUUGUUUGAUUCUCUACAGUAAGAUGAGAGCGGGAUUAAGUACGAUCCAGCAAACCCUAACGCCGGAGGCGGCGAGUGUACUGAACCACUCGAUCGCCGAAGCCGGCCGUCGGAAUCACGGCCAGACUACACCGCUUCACGUGGCGGCGACCCUUCUGGCGUCGCCGUCUGGCUUCCUCCGACAAGCUUGUAUUCGAUCCCAUCCCAAUUCUUCGCACCCUCUUCAGUGCCGUGCUCUAGAGCUCUGCUUCAGCGUGGCCCUCGACCGACUCCCCACCGCCCAAACCACCACCUCCGCCGUGGAACCCCCAAUUUCCAAUGCUUUAAUGGCGGCGCUAAAGCGGGCACAGGCGCAUCAGCGGCGAGGUUGCCCCGAGCAGCAACAGCAGCCACUUCUUGCAGUGAAGGUUGAGCUCAGUCAGCUCAUAAUUUCCAUUCUUGAUGACCCGAGUGUGAGUAGAGUCAUGCGUGAAGCAAGCUUUUCGAGCCCAGCUGUUAAGGCAACAAUUGAACAAUCACUGAAUUCUCAGGCGGGUACUGCAAAUUCAUCAAUGAUUGGAAUUGGGUUUCGACCAACACCAACUCCGAUGCCAAGUCGUAAUCUGUAUUUGAAUCCUCGUCUGCAACAGGGAAAUUCAACGAAUUCUGCUCAGUCAGGUCAACAUAGAAACGAGGAAAUUAAACGGGUUAUUGACAUAUUGUUGAGAACGAAGAACAGAAACCCGGUUUUGGUUGGUGACUCGGAGCCAGAGACCAUGUUGAGGGAGCUUUUGAGGAGAAUUGAGAAGGGGGAGUUGGAUGAAGGACCACUCAAGAAUGUUCAGGUGAUUCCAAUUGUGAAGGAGCUUGCCUUAGAUAGAAUGCAAAUGCUGGAUAAGGUUAAGGAAUUGGGGAACCUACUAGAAGGUCGAAUUGGGAGUUCGAAUGGUGCAGGGGUUAUUCUUGAUUUGGGUGAUUUGAAAUGGCUUGUUGAGCAGAAUGUGAGUGUUGGAGUUUGGGGUUCAGGUGGAGUGCCUCAACAGGUUGUCUCUGAGAUAGGGCGUGUGGCCGUGGCGGAGAUGGGGAAGCUGUUGGCGAGGUUCGGAGAGGGUAGUAAAGGUAGGGUUUGGCUGAUUGGAACUGCUACAUGUGAGACUUAUUUGAGGUGCCAGGUCUAUCAUCCUUCAAUGGAAAAGGAUUGGGAUCUGCAGGCAGUGCCAAUUGCUUCAAGAUCACCUCUUCCGGCUAUGUUUCCGAGGCUGGGAGUCAAUGGAAUUCUUAGCAGCUCAGUUGAGUCUCUAAGCCCAUUGAAGAGUUUCCCAAUGGCAACAACAGCUCUGCCAAGACGUGCCACUGAGAACUUGGAUCCUGCUCGAAGAAUGAGCUGUUGCCCACAAUGUAAGGAGAACUACGAGCAGGAGCUAGCAAAACUGGAAUUAAAGCAGUUCGAGAAAUCAUCUUCUGAAAUUAUAUCAGAUGCAACUCAGCCACCACUGCCACAAUGGCUGCAAAAUGCUAAAGUCUGUAAUAGUGAUGUCAAAACAAGGGAUCAGUCGCAGGAUCAAGAAAUGAUCUUCAAGCAGAAAAGUCAAGAAUUACAGAAGAAAUGGAGUGAUACAUGCUUGCAUGUUCACCCUAAUUUUCAUAACAGUCUCCGUUCUGAGAGAUCUGUUCCUGCAGCUCUUUCUAUCACAGGUUUGUACAAUCCAAACCUGCUUGUGUGCAAUCCAUUACAACCCAAGUUACAACAAACCCGAAAUGUUGGGGAAACUCGGCAAUUGAAUCCUAAUCCAGUGGCCAGGCAACAUUUGGAUUGUGCGGGUAGUCCUCCUCGAAGCCCGGUGAGGACAGACCUUCUUCUUGGACCGAUAAAGACAACUGAGACCUAUCCUGAAAAACCCCAUAUAGAAUGUGCUAAAGACGUCUUGGGCUGCAUAUCUUCUGAACCACAAGCCAAGUUCCCUUUGCAGAGCGAAAAAUUUGCUAAUAAAUUAGAUGCCGACUCAUUUAAGAAACUCCUCAAGGGUCUAAUGGAAAAGGUGUGGUGGCAACGCGAAGCAGCUUCUGCAGUGGCCAACACUGUGACCCAGUGCAAAUUAGGCAAUCGAAAACAGCGGGGUGCUGGAUCGAAAGGUGACAUUUGGCUACUAUUUACUGGCCCCGACAGAGUGGGCAAGAAGAAGAUGGCAUCAGUUCUUUCAGAGCAAGUAUGCGGGGCCAAUCCAGUAAUGAUAUGUCUUGGGUCACGACGUGAUGAUGGGAAAUCAGAUGUGAAUUUCCGUGGUAAAACAGUUCUUGAUCGGAUUGCAGAGGCAGUUCGUAGGAAUCCAUUUUCAGUGAUUAUGCUCGAGGACAUUGAUGAAGCAGAUAUGCUAGUGCGUGGGAGCAUAAAAAGGGCAAUGGAGAGAGGUCGGCUGAUUGACUCUCAUGGGCGUGAGAUCAGCAUUGGGAAUGUUAUAUUCAUACUCACUGCAAAUGGGGUGCCGGAUAAUCUCAAAAGCUCACUAGAUGGUGAUUUGCUUGACGAAAAGAAGCUUGCUUCUCUAGCAAGUGGCAGUUGGCAGUUAAGGCUAUCCAUCGGUGAAAAGAGUGCCAAGCGCCCUGCAAACUGGCUACACGAUGAAGACAGGCCGACAAAGCCUAGGAAAGAAAUCGGUUCUGGUCUAUCUUUUGACCUUAAUCAAGUGGCUGACAUUGAAGAUGAUAGGACCGAUGGGUCUCACAAUUCAAGCGAUCUCACCAUUGAUCAUGAAAGCGAGCAUGGCCUUGACAACAAGAGAUUCUCCAUUACAUCACUGCCUCAUGAUUUGGUCGAUUCCUUGGAUGAUGCCAUCCUAUUCAAACCUGUCUCCAGUGGCCCCAUUCGCAGGGAGAUUGAAAACGCAAUCACAAAGAAGUUUCACUCUGUGGUAGAUAUUGAUAAGCUUUCAAUACAAGUGGAAAAUGAGGCUCUUGAGAAGAUUUUGGGCGGGAUAUGGAUUGGUCAAACUGGCUUAGGAGAGUGGGCGGAAAAGGUCUUGCUUCCCAGCUUCCACCAGCUCAAGGCACACCUUCCCUCCACCAGCAUUGCCUCAUCCGAUGAAGCUAUGGUCGUCCGGCUCGAACUCGACAACGUCUCGGAUAGCCCAAGCAAUGGAGAUUGGCUACCAAGUAAAAUCACAGUAAUGGUUGAAAGAGUAUAAGAGUGAAUACUUUUGGCAUUUAGUUAUUUCUCUUGGACAGAGAUGUAAAUAUAGCUCAACUGUUUGGCGGGUGAGUCCAACGGUUGGAAAAGGAUAAAAACAGAAGCAAAAUGAGGGAGAGUAAUAGAAUCUUGAACGGUUCUAACCCUUUUUUAAUUAUUUAAUUUUUUACGUAUAUGUAGUUACACUAGUUCUCUUAAAAAUAUUUUUUAAUUACAUAGACGAUGAUUAAUAAGAUGAGGCAUUCCUUUUUA